AUGGACGGGAAGCGGGCCUUGUCGCCGGAGGGGCACGUCGAGGAGGCGGGGGCGAUAGUGAAACGGCAACGCACCGACGAUGAUCUAGCACUAGCAAAGGCGGGCUCGAGGCCACAGCCCGCGGGCCCUCGGCGCACGUCCGCGCUCGCGGCCCCGAUCAUGCAGCUCGAGGGCCACAAGGACGCCGUCUACGCGUUCGAGUUCUCCCCGGACGGCGAGGUGUGCGCGUCGGCCGGGCACGACAAGACCAUUCAGUUCUGGCGCGUCUACGGGGAUGAGUGCGAGAACUACAUGGCGAUACAGGCGCACAAGAACGCCGUGAUGGACCUGAAGUGGACGCAGGACGGCGAGCGCGUCGUCUCGGUGUCUGCGGACAAGACCGGCAGGGUGUGGGACGCGCAGACGGGCCUGCAAGUGAAGAAGCUGCGGGAGCACACGACGUUCGUCAACGCGUGCUGCACGAACCGUCGAGGCCCGACGCUGGUCGCGACGGUCUCGGACGACGCCACCGCGAAGCUCUGGGACCUCCGGCAGCGGCGGUCCGCGGCUACGUUCGAAACGCACCACCAGGCGCUGGCGGUGGCUCUGUCGGACGAUGCGGACCAGGUGUACGCGGGCGGCAUCGCGAACGCGGUGCAGGUGUUCGACGUGCGCCGCGGCGAGCUCUUCCUGGAGCUCUCGGGCCACCUCGACUCCGUCACGGGCAUGGCGCUCUCCCCGGACGGCAACCACCUUUUGACGAACGCGAUGGACAACACGCUGCGGAUGUGGGACAUGCGGCCGUACGCCCCGAAGAACCGAUGCGUCAAGAUCUUCUCGGGGCACCAGCACUCGUUCGAGAAGAACCUCCUGCGGUGCGCGUGGUCGUCGGACGGCGCGCACGUGACGUGCGGGAGCGCCGACGGGAUGGUCAGUGUGUGGAGCGUGCCGACGCGCAAGCUGCUGUACCGGCUGCCGGGCCACAAGGGCAGCGUGAACGACGUCGCGUUCCACCCCAAGGAACCCAUCCUCGGCUCGGCGUCCUCGGACCGCUCGAUCUACCUGGGAGAACUGAGCCUGACGUAG